GCUUUGCAGUGCGUUUAAAAUUAUUUAACAUUAUGUUUGGCUUUAUAUAGGUCGCAGACGCGUACGGUGAAGCUCCGAGCAUUGUUAAACUGGAUUUAGGAGUGGGCAUUAUAAAGCUAAGGUCGCAGACGCGUACGGUGAAGCUCCGAGCAUCGUUAAACUGGAUUUAGGAGUGGGCAUUAUAAAGCUAAGGUCGCAGACGCGUACGGUGAAGCUCCGAGCAUUGUUAAACUGGAUUUAGGAGUGGGCAUUAUAAAGCUAAGUUAGUGUUUUGAGUCAGUUCAUGCAUGAUCCAAGGAAACCACAUCUAGAAGCAGCCUAUAGGGUUCUUCACUACCUAAAAGGAAGUCCAGGGCAAGGGAUAAUAUUCAGGAAGGGUGGGCAAUUAUCAGUCCAAGCCUUCACUGAUGCAGAUUAUGGUGGCUCCCUCGUUGACCGCCGGUCAACUACUGGUCCCUGUGUUUUCCUAGCAGGAAACCUCGUGACAUGGAGAAGCAAAAAACAGAAGGUUGUGGCACGAUCAUCUGCUGAAUCUGAGCUAAGAGCUCUUGACCAUGGCUUAUGUGAACUUCUAUGGAUCAGAAUUAUUCUCUUAGAUUUACAAAUCAAGUGGAAAGGACCAAUGGAAUUGAGGUGUGAUAACAAAUCAUCAAUCAACAUAGCUCAUAAUCCAGUCCAACAUGAUCGGACCAAGCAUAUUGAGAUUGAUAGGCACUUUAUCAAAGAAAAGGUUGAAGGAGGUCUCAUCGAACUAAGCUACACUCCCUCAGAAGAUCAAGUUGCAGAUGUGUUUACCAAACCUCUGCACAGUCCUAGGUUCCAGGGUCUUAUUGUCAAGCUAGGCAUGACGAAUAUCUACAAACCUAGCUUGAGGGGGAGUGUUGAUAAAACGAAGAGACAUCAUUAAUCUAGGAUUUAUUUUCCUUAUUAUUACUGUAAUUAUGUAUCUUUAGUGCUUCAGGUUGUAUUUAAUAGCUGCUGUCUUUUCAGUUCUCAAUCAUUUAUGUUUAGUAUUUAGACAGGCACCUAGGGUGCUGAAUAGACUCUCUCAGGAUUCCUAUCUGUAUAAAUAACUUAUGUACUUCUUGUAAAUGAAUUCAAGGAAAUAAUAUUCAGAAAACUUCAAGAA